UGGAACGGUGACAGACAGACGGGCCAGUGCCUGGUUGUCGGAGCGGAGCGGAGCGUGGCGAGAGGAGGCGAGAGGUAGGAGCCGGGGAAGGGAGGGAAGGAGACAGAUAUAGGGGUAGACGGAGGUGGUCCCUUCAUGCGGUACGCGCCUGUAUGCCAUCCCGUCGCCUACAUGCCUCACUCUACGUGCAAUCGUAGCCGCGGAUAGUCGGAGGCAUCGGGGAGAAUAUAGCUUAGAGAAGAGGAGUAUCGGCCGCGCCGAUACCACCGAGUCGAGUGCCAGGCACACGUACAUAUAUAUAUACAAAUACACGGACGGACGGACGGGCGCGCGCGCGCGCACACGCACGCACCUCUUCGUCAUCGCCUGCCGCCGUCGUCGUCGUCACCGUCGUCACCUCCCCGCACGCAAUGGCCAUGGAGACGCCGCGGGAGCGAGAGAUCGCCGCCGAGGACAGCAUCAAGGUGGUCUGCAGGUUCCGGCCGCUCAACGACUCCGAGGAGAAGGCCGGCUCCAAGUUCAUCGUCAAGUUCCCGUCCGGCGGCGACGAGAACUGCAUCUCCAUCGGGGGCAAAGUAUACCUCUUUGAUAAAGUAUUUAAACCGAAUGCAACGCAAGACAAAGUCUACAAUGAGGCCGCAAAGUCUAUCGUCACAGAUGUCCUGGCAGGAUAUAACGGAACCAUUUUUGCAUAUGGUCAAACAUCGUCAGGUAAAACGCACACAAUGGAGGGAGUCAUCGGCGAUCCUAACAAACAGGGUAUCAUCCCGAGAAUCGUCAAUGACAUCUUCAAUCAUAUUUACGGCAUGGAGGAGAACUUGGAAUUCCAUAUCAAAGUAUCAUACUUUGAGAUUUACAUGGAUAAAAUCAGGGAUCUUCUCGACGUGUCUAAGGUUAACUUAAGCGUACAUGAAGACAAGAACCGGGUGCCGUUCGUGAAAGGCGCGACCGAGCGGUUUGUUUCUAGUCCUGAGGAGGUGUUUGAGGUGAUAGAGGAGGGCAAGUCAAACCGGCACAUCGCCGUGACCAACAUGAACGAGCACAGCUCACGUUCUCAUUCCGUUUUCCUUAUAAACGUUAAACAAGAGAAUUUGGAGAAUCAAAAGAAACUCUCCGGCAAGCUGUACCUCGUCGAUUUAGCCGGUUCCGAAAAGGUUUCUAAAACCGGCGCAGAAGGAACGGUGCUAGACGAGGCGAAGAACAUCAACAAAUCUCUAUCUGCACUUGGUAACGUAAUCUCGGCCUUGGCUGACGGCAAUAAGACUCACAUUCCUUAUCGUGACUCCAAGCUAACGAGAAUCCUGCAAGAAUCCUUGGGUGGCAACGCCAGGACCACAAUCAUCAUCUGUUGCUCCCCCGCUAGCUUCAACGAAUCCGAAACGAAAUCGACCUUAGAUUUCGGCAAACGCGCCAAGACCAUCAAGAACGUCGUGUGCGUCAACGAGGAGUUGACGGCCGAAGAAUGGAAACGUCGUUACGAGCGCGAGAAAGAUAAAGUGGCGAGAUGGAAGGGCAAGGUGGACAAAUUGGAGGCGGAAUUGUCGCGUUGGCGGCAGGGUGAGACCGUCAGACUAGAGGAGCAGGUUAGCCUGGUUGAAGGACCGGAUGUUACCACACCGAUCACUGCACCCGUCGAAGUCAAACUGGACGACAGUCCGAUGCCUGCUACUCCCGGCGGCGGUCUCAUGAUCGGUUCCCUUUCGAACGAGGAGAGGCAGAAGCUCGAGGAGGAACGCGAGAGGCUGUACCAACAGCUGGACGACAAGGAUGAGGAGAUCAAUCAGCAGUCGCAGUACGUUGAGAAGCUGAAGGAGCAGAUGGAUGAACAGGAGGAACUUAUCGCCAGCGCAAGACGAGAUUACGAGCAGUUGCAGCAGGAGAUGAAUCGAAUACAGCAGGAGAACGAGAGCGCUAAGGAGGAGGUGAAGGAGGUGCUGCAAGCGCUGGAAGAGCUUGCGGUCAACUACGACCAAAAGUCACAAGAGGUCGAGCUGAAGAACAAAGAACAGGAAUCGAUGACGGAGGAGCUCCUGGCUAAACAAGUGGCUUUAAACAACACCGCGUCCGAGUUGCAACAAUUGCGCGACAUGUCGGCCCACCAAAGGAAGCGCAUCGCGGAGAUGCUAGCGAACUUCCUGAAAGACUUGGGAGAGAUCGGCGUGGCUAUCGGUGGCGAGUCUAACGAGAAUCUAAAGAUCGCACCGCCGGAGAGCAACGGUAAACUGGAGGAGGAGUUCACGGUGGCGCGGCUAUUUAUCAGCAAGAUGAAGUCCGAGGUGAAGAAUUUGGUCCAGCGAUGUCAGGGAUUGGAGAGCUUCCAAGUGGACUGCAACAAGAAAGUUUCCGAGUACGAGAAGGACUUGGCCGAAUGCCGACUGUUGAUCUCGCAGCACGAGGCCCGUAUGCAAACGCUGUCGGAGUCGAUGAAGGAGGCCGAGACGCGUAAGCGAGGCCUGGAAGAGGACGUAGACGCGUUGCGCGAGGAAUGCGCCAAGUUGAAGGCCGCCGAGCAAGUGCAGGCGGUCACCAACAAGGAGAAGGCCGAGGAGAAAGAGGCGGCGACGAAGAUGCGAGUGGCCUUGGAGGAGCAGAUGGAUCAGCUGAGGGAUGCGCAUCAAAAACAGGUUGCCGCGCUCAGAGACGAGCUGUCCGAAAAGCAGGAGCUGAUCAGCGAGCUCAAGGAUCUCAAUCAGAAGUUCACUCUGGCGCAUCAGCAGAUGCAGGCCGAUUACGAGCGGCUGAAGCAAGAGGAGGCUAACAAGACGGUCAAGCUGCAGGAGCUUUUGCUGUUGAACGAGCGCCGGGAGCAAGCGAGAAAGGAUCUCAAGGGUUUGGAGGACACGGUAGCCAAAGAACUGCAGACCUUGCACAAUCUGCGCAAAUUGUUCGUCCAGGAUCUGCAGGCUAGAAUAAAGAAGACCAUCAACGCGGAGGAUAACGAGGACGACGGCGGUUCCCUCGCGCAGAAACAGAAGAUCUCCUUCCUGGAGAACAACCUGGACCAGCUGACGAAGGUGCACAAACAGCUCGUCAGGGACAACGCAGACCUCCGCUGCGAACUGCCUAAGCUGGAGAAGCGAUUACGGGCGACGAUGGAGCGCGUCAAGGCCCUGGAGACGGCGCUGCGCGACGCCAAGGAGGGCGCGAUGCGAGACCGCAAGCGCUACCAGUACGAGGUGGACCGGAUCAAGGAGGCGGUCAGGCAAAAGAAUCUGGCGCGCCGCGGACCGAGCGCGCAGAUCGCGAAGCCGAUUCGGGCCGGUCAGCACCACCUGAGUAACGUCAACGCCAUCAGAACCGGCAAUCGUGAUUCACUUAAUUAAAAAACCUACAUUGUGUGUCGUUGUGUGGGUUUGUUCGGUUUUGCGUUACAAAAGGGGUGGCGGCCCGGCCCCCCAGGCAGCUCUGCGCUUUAGAGUAAGUGUGGGUCGAAUUUUGUUUACGUCUUCUAUCUUGGCACGAAGCUUCUCGCGCGAUUUUAUGAAAGAGGAAAUAAGCGAGUGAAAAAAAGAAAAGAAAAAACGAACAAACCUCGCGACGUUCUCCCCCCUCUUCCCCUUUUUAUGCUCGAACGCGUCCCUUUGCAUGGCGAGUUUACAAUUAUUUGAGACGUUCUCAGUUGCGAUUAACCGCCGCAUCCGUUUUAUAUAUAUAUAUCGAGAUUAAUUUCAUGAAAUAUGAAAUUUUAUUUUUGACUGACCGAUAUUUUUAUU